AUUACUUGCCGUUAUAACGACAACCAUCCCGUAUAAUAUGGUUUAAAAAGUGAUAAUGAUUAGUAUACGAAUUAAUACGGAUGCCUCAUAGAUCAAUAGGGUAAGGCUUAUAUCUGUUAUUUAACAGCAGCAACAAAUGCCAUGCAUAUUACGACUAGCGGCGUCGUCACUCAUAAUCGGGUAGUGACAUCUGCUUUUCUCUUUGGAAAGCAAGGCAUCACAUUCACGAUGACAUGUAAAUAGCCGCCCAGAGUGUGGUGUAACCGUGUCCGUGCGUUAGACAGAAACUGCAGACAUCAGCAACGCGCCAGCUGAACCAGUCAUUUCUCUGUCGCAGCGGCCUGCAUAAUCCGAGCUGAUCGCAAUGUCGGAUGCGAGGGAACCUGAACCGGCUUCUGGUUCACUUAGUGAAGAAACUUCUGUUGUGUCCUCGCCAAACACGGACACAUCUUCGGCAAAAGAAACGCUUGCGGUGAAAUGUGACAGCCCGCCCAUCGAUGGGGCCGAAGUAACACAUGAAUUGGACAUCAUGAAUGGAAGAGAGACCGUUGGUGACGUCAGCACAGCACCGGAGACACACCAAAAACAAGGCAGCGAUGCAGCGGCGGCGUCGGACCCUGCCAGACCAACGCUCCAGGGAUACGGAACCUUUGGGGAAUCUGUGCCCGGGCGAUCCGAAAACAUUUGCAGCACUUCAGAGACGGAGAAUGAGGAAGCGAUGCUUCUACCCAGUAAUGCUUCGAAUAAUCCGGACUUGUCGAACUGGAUGGUUUUCACGAAUCUUACGAAAGCCUCCAUGGGAACGGGCAUACUUGCUAUGCCGAUGGCUAUACGCAACGCCGGUUUGAUAGGACUUCCCUUGUUCGCAGCUAUAGCAGUUGUCUGUGUCUACUGCAUCCAUCUACUGGUGCGAUCUUCCCGUACGCUGAGAAGAAGACGAAUGGUUCCUGCCUUGGAAUACGCGGACACUGUUGCUGCAGCUUGCAAGACCUCGAGGUCACCCGUCGUGCGGAGAAUUGCUCCAUUUGCCAGAGGUUUCACGGAAGUCGUCUUACUGGUUUACAUGAUAGGCGUCUGCAGUGUCUACGUGCUGUUCGUUAAAGAAAACUUAAAACAGCUCAUCGACGUGUCCUGCAAAGAAAAUGAGUGGAGUUCAAUUGAUUAUUUUCUUCAUCUGGCGCUGGUUCUAAUGGUUCUGGUUGCUAUACCAAACCUGAGUAGCCUCAGCAUCGUCUCUUCUAUUGCCAACGUAACAAUGGUUGUUGGCGUGGUGAUGUGUCUAGGCAUCAUCUGUUAUCAAAUAUACGUUGACCAACAAGCAGCACCAGUGGAAUACAACAGGAAAACGGAUACAUGGUCGAAUGUAACAGUAUACAACGUUACAGUCGAAGCUUGGGCUGGUUGGGAUAGAAUACCGCUUUUCUUUGGCACCGCCGUCUUUGCACUCGAAGGAAUAGGCGUGGUAUUGACGCUCGAAAAUCAGAUGAAGGAUCCUACUAACUUCCUGAAAGGCUGUGGCGUUCUGAAUUUUGCUAUGGCCAUAAUUACUAUCCUGUACAUUCUGAUGGGCUCCUUGGGUUACUUGGCAUAUGGCGAGAAAACGAAAGGAAGCAUCACACUGAACCUUCCACCAGAUAACACCCUGGCGUUGUGGGUGAGGAAAACGGUGACGCUGGCAAUAUUUCUGACGUACCCGCUGCAGUUCUACGUCCCGGAAGAGAUCCUAUGGAAAUGGGUGAACGUCAUAAUACAGUCUUGUUUCCGUGUGGGGUCCCUACAGCGCCUUACGCACUGCGCCGGAAGGCGCGAAGAGGUCGGUCAAGCGCCCAGGUUCCUCUUCAAAGUACUCCUGAUGUUGGCCACAGUCUGUUUGCCGCUUAUAGUACCGAGACUGGGUCCAGCAAUUUCACUGGUUGGCGCAGUGUGCCUGUCAAUGCUCGGGCUAAUACUCCCAACGAUUAUUCAUGCGAUCACAUACUGGGAGGAAAUAUCUCGGAACAUAAGAGAACCGGCGGUAUGGUCGCGAAUGGCCUUCCACGUGAUUAUAGUCAUUAUUGGUCUUCUAGGCUUAGUUACUGGUACCUACGUUAGCUUGAAUGAGUUAAGUCAAGAACCUCUAUCAUUAAAUGCAGUUACUGAGUAAUUGAUAACGAUGAAAUACUUCAGCUGUGGAAGUUUCAUUGUGUAAAACUUCGGCUAACAGUAUUUCAAAUUGAUCUAACGUUUAAAGCUGAAAAUUGUGAAAAAUAUUAGUAUAAGAUUAUAAUUUAUUUGCUCUUUGGUACGCUAAAAGCGUAAAGGCUUAAUCUCCUCAAUUUUUAUGUAAGCAUUUUUACAUAGCUCAUACAGUUAACUCGGUGUUAUUGACUUAAUUUGUAAGUUUAAGGCUUUUCAUUCAUGCCCUGUAAAUAUAAAAUAUCCAUAACAUCCAUUUGAUACAUCAAAUAAAUUGCUUUUAAUGUUUCGAAAACAUUUAGAAACUCGGGUGUCGCAAGUUGAAGUGUUUGGCAAAGUUCACAAAUCUGUAUUACAAAAUUAUUUUUUACCAAAUAAAAUUAUUUGGAAGCAAUUACGAAAGUUGCACACAAAUUUGGGUUCUAAAUUGUAUUGUCAUACCUAUUAAGUUAAAAAUCUUAAUCUUACAACAAAAAUUAAAACAUGUCAUUACUCGGGUGAAAUUGUACGGUGAAACAGAAAUGUCACGUUGCGCAGUGAACAAAUUGGACCUUCAGCCUAUUUAGAUGGUCUUAGCAUCCCGUAAAAAAUACAUCUGGACUAUAACGCAUUGUUAAAUUCUCUAAUCUUUGCUAUAAGUACAAAGAAAUAGCAUAUUUUUGUAUAGAAUGGACUUCAUUCCAUCCAUCUUCAUGGAGUCCGUGACUACAUAGUUCCAGGCUUCACUUUAGAAAGGUCUUCAUUCGUGCAAUAAAGCAUUUUCUAUAAUAAA